AUGGCUGAAGUAGUAGCUCGACAGCAAAUUGUUCCAGAUGGAGCCAGUUCCUCCACCCUGAGACAAUACGUCCAUGCGCCUGAAACGAAGCAUGAGCUCGAUUGGGCCGACCUGGUCACUCUCGAUCUCUCCCGAUUCGACGUCCCAGGAGGCAAAGAGAAACUAGCAGCUCAACUAAAAGACGCCGUCCAUAACAUCGGAUUCUUCUACAUCACCAACUUCGGACUCUCACCCGAAGAAAUCAAUCGCCAAUUCGCCAUCGGCGAAGAGUUAUUCGAGCUCCCCGAGUCCGAAAAACUGCGACAUCGCGCAGACCUCGAAGCAGGCAACUACAACGGCUACCGACCGCUCGGAGCAAUCGAGAUCCUGCCCGGCCUACGCGACAACAUCGAACUAUAUAACGUCUUCAAGUUCAUCCCACGGUACGCACGGUCCCACCCGGACGUAAUCCUCCGCCACUACGAAGAGAUCGAGCGGUUCCACCGCUUCAUCUACGACCAGAUUGUCACCAAAUUGUUCCGGCUAAUCGCCAUCCUCCUCGAGCUGCCCGAGGACUUCCUCGUACGCGGCCACCCAUAUGACGGGCCCAGCGACUGCCACCUGCGGUAUAUGAUCUACCGGGCGCGCAGCGCCGAGGAGAACGCGAGACAUCAAAAUCUGUGGUCGCGCGGACAUACGGAUUUCGGGAGCUUGACGUUGUUGUUCCGGCAGCCUGUUGCUGCGUUGCAAGUUAAAACACCUGAGGGCGUGUGGAAGUAUGUUAAGCCUUAUCCGAAUAGUAUUACGGUCAAUAUUGCGGAUGCGUUGCAGUUUUGGACCAAUGGGUAUUUGAAGAGUAGUGUGCAUCGGGUUGUUGCGCCGCCGCCCGAUCAGGCGCAUAUUGAUCGGUUGGGGGUCUUGUAUUUUGUUAGGCCGGGGGAUGGGCUGGAUUUGAGGACGGUGGAGAGUCCGUUGUUGAGGCGUUUGGGGUUUAAGAAGGAUGAGAGCGAGGACUCGCAGGUAUCUGCUGGGGAGUGGGUAAGGGCGAGGGUGAGGAGGAACUGGGAUAAGCCGCCCAAGGCUAAUGAUGAAAAUAUUGAGCUAGGGGGUGUGAAGACUACGAUUUUCCAUGAGUAA